UGUUACACCACUGUGUUGUCAUUUCGCGCUGCUGAAUUUGAGAGCACCACCGUCACCUCCUCCGCUCUCAGAUCCUCCGCCUAUGCUCCUCCUCUCCGCUUCUCGCUCCCACCUCACCUCUCUCCGCUCCUCAUACGACGUAGUUUCAGCUUCUCCCGCCCACGCGCUUUUCCUCGAACAUAUAACUGCUGAUAAAUACUGUAUAUAUGCGGAGGAAUCCAUUUUAUUACCCAGUGGAUUUCUCCGGAUAAAACCGCCCUUUUUCGCUUCCUUUCUAAAAGCUAUGCAUAAACCUCUUUAAUGUACGGAUUUGAAUUGGAAAUUCGGAAGUGUAAUGUAGCUACUGUUGAAAGUUUGAAAUCCUGAAGCCGCCAACAAUUACUGGAUUGCUCAUAGAAGCACUUGCAAGUUUCUUUUUGUGCAUUUGAUUUGCUCAUAGGAUUUUGUUUUCUUGGAAAAUUUGAUGCUCCCUGUACGAUGAAGAAUUGUAACUGGUUUAAGCGAAUUGUGGAGAGUAAUGGGAAGCUCGAGAGGCGGCUUUCGCUGGGAGAGUACAGGCGAGCAGCGUCCUGGUCCAAGUACCUCGUCUCCUCCGGGGCGGCCAUUAAGGAGGAAGGCCGUCAGCAGUGGAGCGCUGACAUGUCCGAGCUCUAUAUUGGGAAUAAGUUUGCCUCUGGCCGCCAUAGUAGGAUUUACAGAGGGGUUUAUAAGCAGAGAGAUGUUGCUAUUAAGCUCAUAAGCCAGCCCGAGGAGGACGAAGACUUGGCAUCUUAUCUGGAAACACAGUUCUCCUCCGAGGUCGCUUUGUUGCUUCGGCUCAAGCAUCCCAAUAUCAUCACUUUUGUUGCGGCAUGUAAGAAACCCCCUGUGUUUUGCAUAAUCACUGAAUAUGUUCCUGGAGGCUCCCUGAGGAAGUACCUACACCAGCAGGAACCAUACUCAGUCCCUCUCAAACUGGUGCUAAAACUGGCUCUUGACAUUGCACGUGGGAUGCAGUAUCUUCAUGCUCUGGGGAUACUUCACAGAGAUCUCAAAUCAGAGAAUCUGUUGCUUGAUGAAAAUAUGUGCGUAAAAGUGGCUGAUUUUGGGAUAUCAUGCUUAGAGUCCCAAUGUGGUAGUGCAAAGGGCUUCACUGGCACUUACCGUUGGAUGGCACCAGAAAUGAUCAAGGAAAAACAUCACACUAGAAAAGUAGAUGUUUACAGUUUUGGCAUCGUUCUCUGGGAACUCUUAACGGCAUUAACACCAUUUGACAAUAUGACACCAGAACAGGCAGCUUUUGCUGUCUGCCAAAAGGUAUUUUGAGAUUUGCUCUCGUUUUAACUAGGGAUGGAUUUGGUUCCAGAACCAGAUCAGACUUGGACCGGCCAUUUGCCCCUGCAAACCAGACCAGGACUGGACCUCGGAAACCGGUCCAAACCAGUUCCUCCAAAAUAGGACCAGAUCCGUUCAAGUUGCGGUUUCUGUUUUUUUUAAUACGGUUAAAAACUGGACUAAACGAGCAGAGAACUGGACCGGUAUACCCGGUUAAGGUUCUUAUUCUCCCCUUCACUGGAAGUGGACCUCAUGCACUCCUAGUUUUAAUUAAUUGAUUGAAACAUUGCACAUGUAUGACUAUUGACUAUUAAUUUGUCACUUGCAUAUUAUUAUUACAUUGUUGUAUUGACAAAUUUAUCCUUUUCACCUAUAUGUGCAUUAUGCCGAAGCUUUUAUUUUCAUUCUUAUCCAGUGAUCUUGUUCCUGUAUUGAUUAAUUCAUUUUAUUUAUUUAGUUGAUUGUUUGUUUAUUUGUAUGUGGGUUUCUUAUUCUUUUGACAGAAUGCAAGACCACCAUUGCCGUCUGACUGCCCGAAGGCAUUCCAGAAUCUUGUUAAUCGUUGUUGGGCAAGUAAUCCUCAUAAACGGCCACACUUCCAGGAGAUCGUAACAAUUCUCGAAAGCUAUGUCGAGGCAUUCGGGUGUGAUCCAAACUUCUUUUCAACGUAUGAGCCCUCCAGGGAUGCAGUACUUUUGAGAUGCUUUAGGGAAUGCAUGUGUACUGAUUGAUACAUUUCAUCUGCCUGGAAUCGUGUCAAGUUUAUCAAUUUUCCCCAACAUUUUCUGGUUAGGCAACCAAAAAUAUGGUCUGCAAUGCAAGUGUCAUAUUUCCCCCCCAUUUCUCGCUUCAAUUGUUUCAUUGCUGUCAAUGGGUGCACUUCCCGUUUGUUGAAUGUUUGGAAAUGAAAGCAUUUCCUAUUCCGUACUCUUGGCGUUUGUAUUACUCUAUCGGACGAAUGGGACAAUACAUACCCUCAAGUUGUAACGUACACUCCUAAUAUUUGAUCACCGGCCAAUACACAUGUAAUUAAUUUAUUUCUGAAAACGAUUGAUAUAGUGAGUAACUAGUGUAAAGUCUGGGGCAUGCCUGGGGCAUGAUGCCUCCGUAGAAUGUCAAUUUGAUAAGGAGUGUGAGUUAAAAUGAAAAAUGCUAAAUGAUGUGAAUUAUUUAUAGGAUUCAAAGUUGAAAGUAAUAAAUUUUUAUUAUGAAAUAACCACACCAAUCAUAAAUAUGUAUUUGUUAAAAAGUUUAAAAUGAUGUAUAUGCUUACAGAUUUUUUUC